AUGUCGUCGGCGGCAGAGCUGGCCCUGAAGAAGAAGUAUGCCCUGCUCGCCAAGAAAAAGCAGGAGGCGGCCGGCGGCGGCAAGAGCGGUGGCGGCAGCGGCGCUGGGCCAGCGCCCGCGCCACAAGACCCCGCCCGGCUGGCGGCCAUUCGAGCGCUGCAGGCAAAGAGGGCCGAGCAAGAGGCCAAGUCUGCGACAGCAGCGGCGACAGCCGCUGCGCCGGCACCAGCAGCCUCCAAGCAGCCCACCAAAGUCAAGCUAAUCAUCCCCAAGCGAGAGAUGCCGCCCCCGGCAGCAGCCAGCGCACCGCCUGGGAAAGCAGCUGCGGGAGCAGCAGCAGCAGCAGGAAGAGGCGCCGCCUCUGCGCCUGCCGAUCCCGCCAGGGCAGCGGCGCUGGCGGCGCUGCGUGCCAAGCAGCAGCCGGCUGCGGCGCGUGGUGCGCCAGCAGCUGCUGCGUGUGCGGCAGCCCCAGCGCCGCAGCCCAAGCGGCCCACUCUGAAGCGCCCCAGCGUGCGGCCGCGGCCCACCCCGCAGCAGCCGCCUGCAGCUGCGCCGGUAGAUGGCACCUUUGGUGGCGAGGCUGCGUACCAGCAGCAGCAGCAGCAGCAGCAUUUGGAGCCAGGUGGCUACUAUGAAGGCGGCGGCGCAGGGGAGGCCGGGGACGAGCAGCUUGCCAAGCGGCAGCGCAUGGAGCAGCAGGGGGCGGCGGCUGGGGGGGAUGGCGGCGAGGAGGGCGGCCAGCAGCUCACCACCCUGUUUGUGGGCGACCUGCCGCCCUCCUGGGCCACGCCAGACCUGGCCAACUUCUUCGCCUGCGAGUUUGGGGAGGUGCUGGAGGCGAGGGUGAUAGGGGACCAGUGCUACGGCUUUGUGACGUUUGCCAGCGCCGCCGCCGCCGAGGGCGUGCUGGAGUUUGCGCAGCAGCAGGGCAUCUGGGCGGAGGAGCGCAUGCUGCGCAUCAACUGGGCGCAGAAGGCCGGCGAUGCGCAGGGGGGGGAGGGGGCGCAGGCGGAGCACCCGCGCGUCACCGAGGCACGCCUGCAGGCCCAGCAGCUGGCAGCCAGCGUGGAUGCGCAGCAGCUGGCGGCGCUGGCCAUGCAGCGCCCGCCAGAGCGCCAGCUGGUCAGCUAUGAAGACCUGUGA